CGUUCGAAGCACCAUAUAAGUCGUUUUUUUUACUGUUCCUGAGAGCGAUUCCGAGAGGACUUCCCCGCCGAAGUUACCGCAGCCGCGACUCUUUCUACGCCGGCGCCUGAAAUGGAGAAUUCGAGAGCCACCAAGACGCAGGAAGAGCAGUGGAUGACACAGAGUCAAGUUUUCCGAAUUUACGAACUCGUCUUCCAGCUUCCUCCCCAUGCUCAGUCCGUCAACUUUGAGAUUCGACGCGAAAACCACAUUGGGUAUCUCAUGAAAAGUCUCCAUUACCUCGGCCCUAAUUUCUCGGCUUUGGAUGCUAAUCGACCUUGGCUCUGCUACUGGAUCAUACACUCAAUUGCUUUGUUAGGGGAUUGCCUUGAUGACAAGCUGGAGAGUAACGUAAUAGAUUUUCUUCAGAGCUGCCAGGAUCCAAAUGGUGGAUAUGGUGGCGGACCGGGUCAGAUGCCUCAUCUGGCAACAACUUAUGCUGCGGUGAAUACAAUAAUUACUAUUGGUGGUGAGAGGUCUCUAACAUCAAUAAAUAGGAAAAAGCUACAUUCAUUUUUGCUACGAAUGAAAGAUGCAAGUGGUGGCUACAGGAUGCAUGAUGGUGGAGAGGUUGAUGUCCGCGCUUGCUACACUGCUAUAUCCGUGGCCAGCAUUCUUAACAUCUUGGAUGAUAGCCUAAUUCAAAAUGUUGGAGAUUACAUCCUAAGCUGUCAGACUUAUGAAGGUGGAAUUUCCGGUGAGCCAGGCUCUGAAGCUCAUGGUGGGUACACAUUCUGUGGUUUGGCUGCAAUGGUCCUGAUAAAUGAGGCUGAUCGGCUCGACUUGCCUGGAAUAAUUAAUUGGCUCGUAUUUCGGCAAGGAAUAGAAUGUGGAUUCCAAGGCAGAACCAAUAAGUUGGUUGAUGGUUGCUACUCAUUUUGGCAGGGUGGAGUGGGUGCAAUUAUACAACGACUACAUUCGACAAUCAACAAGCAACUCGGCCUACCAGAUACCUUCAGAUAUGAUGACAGAACAGUGGAGGAGAAUGACUCUUCAAACUCCAAUGGAGAGCAGUCAUCCGAAGGGCCAUCUUCCCCAACGCAAGACCUCUGUCACCACGAAGAUGAAGGAAUACCGAAUGCAAAUCAGGGCUAUGAUUUCAUCCAAGGGCCCGUCAGCAUGAAACCUCUUUUCAACAACAUAGCAUUGCAGCAAUACAUUCUUCUGUGCUCUCAGGAAGAGGCAGGGUUCAGAGAUAAGCCUGGGAAACGUCGAGACCAUUACCAUACAUGUUAUGUUCUAAGUGGACUGUCCAUUUGCCACUAUGCCAACACCAAAGACGCCGAUUCUCCACCUUUGGGCAGAGAUAUUGUGGGGCCUUACAACAAUUUGUUGGAGCCCAUUCACCCUCUUUACAACAUCGUCCUCGACAAAUGCCUUGAAGCCCACCAAUUUUUUGCAAGAUCCGUCAUCCUAGAUUGAUUCGACACAGUUUUGGGAGGAGCCCAAUCAACGUGUUCCUGUUGAAGUCUGGCGGAGUUCAGGGAUGCGAUGAUGGCCGUUAUGAUUCUUACAACAAUGGAAGUAUCGAGGAGGCAGUAGCGAUUGUCGGGGUUGCCAGCCCCCUUCAACCAGGUGGAGAUGGUUAGUGGUUUCUUCACUAGUAUCGGUCAGUUUAUUGUGUGGGGAGGAAGAAUUAUUAUUAUUAUUAUUAUUAUUAUUAUUAUUAUUAUUAUUAUUAUUA